GGCCUGGUCCUGCAGUGAGCUGGUGUUUCCCACCAUCAGCUUCAAGGAGAGCUCUUAGUACCACUCAGGACUGUUCAGCAGUGUCAGAGGUCAGUGGAUUGGGGUAAAGCGGGAAUCCCCAUCAGUGAGCUCCCGUGGUGGGGGAAGGGAUUCAUCCUCAUGCUUCAGGGCAUGACGUGAUCACCACUUGAGGGAUCGGGAAGGAACGACUCCUUUGUAGGCAGCAUUGUACAAGUGGCGAGGUGCAUUAUGGGUGGAAUUUCCCCCCACUCACAGGCCAGUACAAGAAGCAGGACUUAGCUGAUGUAUGUACCUUUGUUGUGGCCCUCUGUCCAGCAGAUGAAUUUCACCCCAUGAGCAGCAUUUGCACCUUCAGAGGUAUCAUUCUGGACUGUAGGCAGGGUUCCAGGCUCCAGGCCAUGCCGCAGCUGCCUGAGCUAGAAUGGUAAAUCUUUGCAAAGCGACUGCUUUUCUGUCCCGAACAGGUGAUAAAUGGCCAUGACUGCCACUUUGAUACAUUUCUGUGAUGAAGGAAGCCAGACUGCAUUACAUACAGCCAAGACAGCUCUUUUCCUGGGGACACACUUCCCUCUGGUGGAUAACAGUAAAGAUGCAGUUUCUUUGGCUCAUUCCCUCCUGUAAUAGAGUCACCUAACUGGAGGGAGUCACCGAAUGGGGAUGGGGAACCAGGAGUGUUUUUCAGUUCUCAGCUUUUACCACGAGAAAGAGACGACCAUGAUAAAAAUGUAAUGAGGUGACUUGAUUUUGAGGCAUAAAUGUUUUCAGGGGGAGAAAAUGCUGGCUGCUAAGGGGCUGUUUAAUCUAGCUCAGAGAGGCAGAGCAAGAACCAAUGGCUCGAAGUUAAAGCCAGACAGAUUCAUCUGACGAAGUGGGGAUUCACCCACGCAAGCUCAUGCUCCAAUACAUCUGUUAGUCUAUAAGGUGCCACAGGACUCUGUGUUGCUUUUUACAGAUCCAGACUAACACAGCUACUCCUCUGAUACCUGAUCAGGAGCCGCUCUGGCAGCUGGUGCUCAAUGGGCUGUUACUCUUGGUCCUUUUCACCACCGAGCGAGUGAAAAAGCCUCCAAAACCUCCUGUUCCCCAUCACGUUUCUCAUUGUUCUGCUGCUCCCAAGGCUGCCGUGGGCUUCGGCCAUGGGGCUGUGCUGCUCUCGGCUCAGCCUGCUCACUCUCUUGUCUUUGCUGCUCUCGUCCGCAGGUGUGCAUGAGCAAGUGCUGAGCAAGCCAGUUAAAUCUGCACAGGGAGUCUGGGAAGGACACACUGGAUCCAACGCACUGGAGAGAAGUUGCAAAGGACGAGGGGAUCUUGGAUUAAUCCAAGCACUGACUCCCCACCGCCAGGUGAAUGGGAUUCUGGGAGGAUCGGUCGUGCUGUCUGUGGAUCUAUCCCCUGAGAAAGAGCUGAAAGAAAUUGAAUGGAGCUUUAGUAAUGGGUCAGGUGUGAUGAUCCAGCUGGCUGAGUUCAGUGGGGGGAAGUUUGAGCGACCCGAUCCCAGCGACAGAUUUAAGCAGAGGCUAGAAAAGUACAACAAGACCUCGCUGAGGAUCAAGGCUCUGGAGCUGGACGAUAGCGGAGUUUAUGGGGCCCGGAUUAAGAUACAACCAGCAAUUGUGGAGGAUCAGGCCUUUCUCCUCGCGGUCUAUGAGCCUGUUCCAGUGCCGGAGAUAAAGAGUCACUCGCUCUCCAGCACGGCAGCUGGGUGCAAUGUCACUCUGCAGUGUCAGGUGUCUGGCAGGGAAAAGGUUAACGUCUCCUGGAGUAGCGGGAACCCACCCCGAGACCUGGGUGAUUUGGAGCGGUACCAGCUCACUCCUGAUGGCAGGACCCUCCGCCUGUCUCUGCAGCCCGACCUCCUGAACUCUACAUUCACCUGCACGGCCAGCAACCCAGUGGACCAGAAAAACGUCUCUCUUUACCUGCAGAGCAUCUGUCAAAGCGGAGGAGCGGCUCCCAGUCCUUGUCAUUGGAAAGCCAUUAUUGGGGCGCUGUUCCUGGGACUCGAGAUCAGUGCCAUGGUUCCUGUGACCCUGCUGCACAGAAAAAUGCUGUAACGCUGUCGGCUGCGCUAGAACCUCGUAUCGCAGAUGCCUGAUGAGAAGAACUGGAGAACGAGGCAGCAUCUUCAGAGCGGAGCUGUUCCAGGCAUGGUGCAGGGGAGGGCAAGGCGGACUCUGCAUUCGGACCAUGGAAACUGGCAGACCAUCAGCUGCCGAUCUAG